UUUAACAAUGAAUCGAUUUCAUAUCCCCGGUCGAUUUCAAUGUAAACUUUUGUGGAUUUUGAUUAUUGUAAUUUUAAGUAGUAUUUGCUUGCAUUAGUGUCGAAUAUGAUUAUGAUAAUGUUAUGUUAUUUAUUUUCAAUCCGUGUUAUAAGCACCAGAACGAUUCGACACAAUCACCCGCAAUCACCAUUCAAUUUUCAUAUUCUUGAUGCAGAAAAACAAACAUUGAACAACUCAAGAAAUUUGACAAUAUUUACUUUCGAAAUAUGAACUUGUGGCGAUAUUCAAUGGACACUCCGAUUAAGGAAUGGGCCAAAAUGUCCGACCAUUUUAGAGCGUUGACUUUGUAUAAAUUUGGCGGUUUAUAUAUGGAUUCGGAUGUGAUCGUACAGAAAAGUCUCGAUGAUUUGGGCGAUGAAGAUUUUGUCGGCGAUGAUUGGGACGAUGUAGUUAAUGACGGUGCACAUGAAUAAUUACGGUGUUGAACGUCUAGUGUCUGGUAGAUACUUGGAAUUAAGUCGAAACACGACGAAAGUUUGUAAAUAAAACACGAUUUUUUUUCACAUUGGGAAAUGAACGUCAUUCCUUCGCGUAUUACUUAUCGACCUUCCAAGCAUUCAAAUUGCACAGUUUGCUCAGAUUUUUGACAUCGUGGGUAAGUUACGAAAACACAAAAUAUAUAUAGUGUAUAUAUGCUUCUUCUUUAUUCUCAUUUUCCAUCUGUUUGCAAUGAAUUGAAGCAGCCUUUGUCAAAAUAUAUGCAAACGGAUGAAAAGGUGAAUAAAGAAUAAUAUGCAAAGCAUGAAGCGUAUACACACAUACUUUCUUCGUGUCUGUGCUUUGUUUCGUGUUUUCGUAACUGACGCACACUGUCAAAACCCAAGGUGAACAAUUCAAUUUGAGUGAUUAGGUUAUGUCAUCUAAUCAAAAAUGAUAUUGCUGGCACGAACAAAUGCAAUUGUGUAUCGUAUAAAUGGAGAUAUAAAUUGAUUGUGAAACACCUGUGCAUGUAUAACUGUGAUCGUCAUUUUUAUUUAACGCUUUUUUUUAUUGAAUUCGUGUUCAAUUUUUCUUUAUGUUAUCUUGUAAUCAAUUUUGUGUUAAAAUUUAUUGAGACGAAUUCAUGGGACUAUUGUUCGGACACUCUUUUCACUCACAUAUUGUUGGUUUCGGUUGUCAUUCAAUUCAAUACAAAAAUGGGCUUGCUUUUGGAUAAAUCGGCUCCAUAUGCCGAUAGGCAUCGCCAAUCAUUUUUCCGUCGAUUUGAAUACUUCAAAUUGGGUACAAAACAGGUUUCCGUUCGAUAUGGACGCAUAUUCUUCAUGAUUUUAUUCAUUAUUUUGGUUUAUUGGAUUUUCAUGAGUUUGUUUAGUGAUGACAAAACUACAAAUUGCUACAAAUAUCCAUUUGAUGGUGCCAUUUCUUCGGCAUUGAGUUCAAUUACCUAUUUCAAAGACAUUUUGGAUGCAAAGAAACAGCCAACGUCCGGAAAGGCGAUAUUCUUCCAUGAAACAUCGUGUCAUCCAAAUGGAAUUGCCAAAUUGAACGCAAAGCAAGCGUGUGCCAUUGAGUCAGCCGCACAUUUGAAUCCAAAUCGCGAUAUUUUUGUCAUAUUUGCUUCACCGGUUGGCAUAAAUGACUAUGAAAAUCUGCCACCAUACAUCGAUAUGCUGUGGAAAUAUGAAAACAUUCAUUUUCGAAACAUUGAUUUAUGGCGAUAUUCGAAGGACACUCCGGGCGAAGCAUGGAUCAACACCAAUAAGCUCUUUCAAUCAAACUACUUAUAUGAACACAUGUCCGACUAUUUAAGAGUACUGACGUUGUACAAAUUUGGCGGGUUUUACUUGGACUUGGACGUAGUUGUGCAAAAGAACUUUGACGAUUUGGGCGAAGAUUUUGUCGUCGAUGAUUGGAGUACAGUGCUUGCAACCAGCAUUAUGCAUUUGAAUAAUGACGGCAUCGGAUGGGAAAUUGCAACCGAAUAUUUAGAGCGAUUGACGAAAAAUUUCGAUGGUAAUGUUUUCAUUGCAAAUGGACCGAAGAUACUUACACAAACGUGUGCGGAUAUUUGUGAUACCGAGCAACGAUCGCUGUGGACACGCGAAAAAUGUGUUGGGUUAGACUUGAAACGCAAGCAACAAUUCCAUCCAAUUCAAUGGCGAGAUUACAUGAUGUAUUUUGAUGUUGAUAAAUUGAACAAAACACUGGAACUGUCGAAGAAUUCAACGAUGAUCCACGUUUGGAAUGAUCGAAGCAGUCAUAUAUCGAACAAAGUUGGAACAAAUAACGCAUAUCAAGUGAUUGCCGCAAAGAAUUGCCCAUCGGUUUAUGCAAGCAGCGAAUAUUUUUGAUUUGAUUGAUCCAAAGAACUUUAAAAUCUUACAGAAUCUUUGUCAACAAAACUUAUAGGUAUACUUUUCUAUUAGCAAAGAAUGUGACAACGUUUAGGAGUUAUUCGAUUUUAUAGUACAAAAAAAAGACAAUUAUGACUUGAAUCUAUCUAAAUAUACACAUCUCGAUUUGAAAAGAAUAUAUUUUAGAAUUAAGGAAGGCUGAAAGAGAUCAAUAAAAAUUUACCCCAAAGCAA